UUCGGCAGCCAUUUUGAUCAAAGGCAUUUUGUGUGAUGUCAGAGACGUGAGGUCACAACAGAACAUGACACAACAUUCCGUGUUCCGUUCAUCAAAGCCUCAGAAUUCAGGACAAACUGUCAGAUACUGAAUCGUUGGAUCGACAUUCGCUCGUUGCAUCGAAUUUAUUGUGUUAAACACUUGUUUAAACGCCGUCAUGAACAAAGAAUCCGCAAAACCUUGUCAAUCUCCAACUGUUAGGAGAAGAAAGAUUAAUAGCAGCCAGACACAACAAUGUCCACAGGCUGCAAAGGAUGGCAGGACCAGGGCCAGGAAAAGAAAGGCCAGUCCUGACAAGGAGACCCCCAAGAAGAGGAAAAGGGUCUCUAAAGCCGAACCUUGUAACGGCUCAGAAGAAGGUGUCGGUGUGAAAAGAGGAAAGAGGAAAGUCGAAGAACACGGAGAGGGACCAUCACAGAAGAAGAGGAAAAGCUUUGACCCUCACCUGGAUGACAAGGAGUCCGCGUCCACCUCAACGGACUCUCGAAGCUUAUUGCAGAUAUUUUGGUCUUAUUUGUCCAAUUUAUCUGUCUCUAAGUUUUUUUUCCCUUCAUCCCACAACAAUGGAGAGAGCAGCAGCAGCAACCCAUUAGAGGGGUGCAGUACAUCUCUGGCCCCGAGAGGCGUUAAGAGGAGAGCCACUGCUGAUGGAGAAGGACCAACCAGGAAGAAGAAGAGGAGCUUGGAAGAGAUCAAGGAGGACUCCACCUCCUCAGUAGAGGCCCGCAGAGCUGAGUUUGAGGCCAAAUAUGAAGAGGGGAACCAGCUUGGUGAAGGAGGCUGUGGAUCUGUGUUUGCCGGCUACCGCAAAGCAGAUAAUUUACCAGUAGCCAUUAAACAUGUCCAAAACGACAAAGUGUACUGCAAAGAAGUGGAUAAGAAUGGGAAACAGCUCUCUGUGGAGGUCGCCGUGAUGUUAAAACUCGGUAUGACUGAAUCAGCUGUAUCUCUGCUGGACUGGUACGAUCUGGACGAGGAGCUCAUAUUGGUCCUGGAGAGACCAGUCCCCUCUGUAGACCUCUUCGACUACAAUGAGGCCAACGGAGGAUGCUUAAAAGAGGAGGAAGCCAAGAUCAUAUUGAAACAGCUGCUGGACGCUACAAUAGAACUCCAGGAUAAAAACAUCUUUCACCGAGACAUCAAGACGGAAAACAUCCUGAUCGAGACCGGCGCUGACGUCCCACGUGUCCGUCUCAUUGACUUUGGCUUGAGCUGCUUCUUUAAGAGAAGAUCGCCGUGCCGCGUCUUUUACGGUACCUCAUGUUUCGCCCCCCCAGAGUGGUACAGUCGUCAUGCCUACAGUGCCGGCCCCACAACAGUUUGGCAGCUGGGAAUAGUCCUGCAUGAAAUACUGCACAGGAAAUCAUUUAGGACCAGAGAGUUCCAGGACAACAAGCCAAAAAUCAGCAACAAGCUGUCCAAAGAAUGCCAGGAUUUCUUGCAGAAAUGUCUGAACAAAGUUCCCGAGCGGCGACCCACACUUGACCAACUACAGCACCACCCAUGGCUCAGAUAAACCGACACUACACACACACACACACACCUACACACAUUUAAAAUCAUCAGCCAUCAAUCAAGAUUUGUUUUCCACUUACAGCCGCUCAUUACAUGAAUAUCACUAGCACUGUUUUCUCUUCGACAGGAAGGCGGGUGUGGACGAGUGCGGCUGGACCGUUUUUAAUUGGAAUCAUCUAAUUCGGCUGAUUAUUUUGGACAUUUUACUUUAAUACUUUUACUUUUUUCCCCACUUGUAGUUCCUGUAGCACCCCCAGUCAUCCGAGGAGAGGGGAUCUCUCUUUGAAUUGCCUUUCCCGAGGUUUCUUCCCAUUUUCCUCCUUCCGGUCUCAGGAUUUUGGGGAGUUUUUCCUCGUCUUCUUAGAGAGCUUGGGCUGGGUCAGGAGCUGCUGCUGAUGAGCAAUUAGGAGCCAACGAGCUAUUACGUCAUAAUAAUGACAAACGUAAUCAUAAAAGCAACAAUAAUAAUAAUAAUGUCCACAAUAAGUCCAUGAAAAUAAACAUUAAAAAAAAGAAAAUGAAAAAGUCCUUUUUUUUUUGUUUAGACCACAGAGAAUCAUCAUAAUCUUUCUUAUUGCUUUUUGAGUGAUAUAAAUUUUCCUUCUUUAAUUUUCCAUAACAUUUUACAUUUAUCUUAAUAGUUAUUUCAUCUGACACAAAAAUAACAUUGAAAUAGUGCAUAAAAUAGCAAAUAAGAUCUUCUUAACACUAUCAAACUGACCAACAGACAGUUUGUGCAAUAGUUUGUGUAAUGAACAGAGGAAAAUCAACAACUUAAACUGCUGCUUUACUGCUUUUAUUUAUUUAUUUAUUGUAACUACAUCAGGAGAAGCCAUGUGACAUCUCAUUGUACCUGAGUAUAAUGACAAUAAAUAUCAUUCAGCCAUUCA